AUGACUUCUUAUGAAAUUGAUUAUGUCAAUAGCGACAGCGAUGUUGAUGCUGUCGUGAUUGAUCGCGAUGAUGUUAGCAAUUACAACCCGGAGCAGAUCCUCCCUCAGCCCGCGGAGAUCAUCCAAAAAAUCCGGGCAUGGCUCCAGCCAACCUCAUACGAUAUUGCGGGCGGAGAAUACCGCAAGCACCUGGCCUCUCAUGUCUCGGGGACGGGAUCCUGGCUUACAGAAAGCGACACAUACAAGCAAUGGUUGGAGGACGACAGUCACGGAUUGCUUUGGAUCAAAGGCAUCCCAGGUUCUGGAAAGUCUGUCAUGGCAGCGAGCCUCAUCGACGGGUUUGCGAAAGCCAGCCCAGGCUCCCCCGUUGUAUUUUUCUUUUUCCGUCAAAUUAUUGAAGCGAACCACCAGCCUGAGGCUCUGCUGCGAGAUUGGAUGGACCAGAUCUUGACUUAUAGUCCGCCUCUGCAAAAGAAACUCAAUGAUUAUUUGGAGUCUCGCAGAUCAAUCGAGAGUAUUUCAAUGGAGGAUAUGUGGAAAGAUCUUUAUAUGGCGUUCUCCGGAUUGUCUAAGAGGGUUUUCUGCGUAGCUGAUGCGCUCGACGAAAUGGACAAAGGCAAUGAGUCCUUUUUACAGGCUCUGGCCACCUUGGGCAAAUGGAACCCUCAGAAAGUCAAAGUCUUGAUCACAAGCCGCCCAGUUCCAACGAUUGAAGGGCCGCUGAGAGCCUUCCAGUCCUCCUGCCUUCAAAUCCGACUGCAGGAGAACAUGGUGGACAUUGACAUUGCGACAUUUGUUCAGUUUUCCCUGUCGCGAUCCACGAUCCCACAGGCCGACUGGAAGACGAUCAUGGACGCUGUACCUGGUCGAGCCAACGGGCUGUUUCUCUAUGCAAAGCUUGCAAUGGACGCCUUUCUCGAGCCGGGUGCUGAUGUGAAAGCCGUUCUUGGCCAUCUACCUGCUGAUUUGAACGUGCUCUACACUGACCUCUUGAAAGAGCACUCCAGGCGGUCGGGUAUAGCCGACAGUGUGCAGCGUUUGAUCCUGCAGGCUGUGACUCAUUCUACACGGCCUCUUAGGCUUCUGGAGCUCGCCGAGAUGAUCAAGGCUAACAAUCCGGACGGGAAAGAGAGAGAUCUCAAAGCCACCAAGGAUCUGAUCCGGGCUGCGUGCGGGCCGUUGCUCGAGAUCUUGGCGGAUGAAACUGUCUCUGUCAUUCAUCAUUCAUUUACGGAAUACCUGAAGGGCACCACUCGGCCUGGUGGUUCUGGGUAUCCGGUUUUGGAGAUGGGCCCAACUCAUGCCCAGUUGGCGAUUGCAUGCUUGCGGUAUUUGACUUCUGGAAGUCUGAAGUCCAUUGUAGUAGAAGAGGAGGAAUAUAACGGAGAUUCCGACGGCGACUGGUAUAGAUCUCGCAACAAGGUCCCGAAAGAGGAGAUCCAACAGAGAUUGAAACAUCCCUUCUUCGAGUAUGCUGCCGUCAAUUGGGCGCAUCACAUUCGCAGAUCCGAAGCAGCUAAGCAGGAUCAGACGGAGGUCCUCGUGUUGGUCCGGGAAUUCUUGGACAAUGAGAGAGACAUGAAGGCAUGGCUCCAAGCCAAAUGGAACGCCUCAUCUCGAGGAGCUACACAGGGAGUCACCAAGAUCCAUAUAGCUGCCAAGCUUGGCCUAUGCUCUUACCUCAAGGAAAUCAUCCAAACAAUGGAGCCAGAUGUGCCGGACUCGACUGGCAGAACACCUCUAUGGUGGGCAGCCCGCGAAGGUCACGAAGAAGCAGUCCAUGAGUUGAUCAAGGCCGGUGCAAACCCUGACCAACCUGAAUCCGUACGUGGGUUGAAGCCUCUACACGAAGCCGCCAACUUGAACCAUCACGCAGUCGUUCGCGCGCUUCUCGAGGCUGGCGUAGACCCCCUAACUCCUAAAACCAUGGAGAAUCCAGGCAGGAGAUGCGGGAAUGCUCCUAGAACUGUUGGGCAUACCCCCCUUAUGUAUGCCUGCCAGAAUGGACACCUCGAAUCCGUGGACGCAUUCCUACCCUUCCUCAAGGACAUUGACACCGCCCACCGUGCUUUAGCAUGGUCAGCCAGUGAAGCUAAGUCAAAGGUUGUUGCUAGAAUUCUUCAGCAUCCAGGAAUUGAUGUCAACGCCAAAGUCCGUGGAAAUACGGCUCUCUAUUUAGCCUGCGGUACCUCCGAUGUUGAGACUAUCAGGUGCCUUUUGGAGGCUGGUGCGGAUCCUCGCGUUCAAAGCCUAGAUAGUGGUGACGAGUUUAACAGGAAUUCGUACUAUGUUCCCUUUGGGGGAGAGAAGCAGAAUCCCAACAGAAACAACUGUCUGCAUCGUUUGUGUGGUUCUGGACGUCGUGGAUACAUGGACGACAAUAGGAACACCGAUGAUCUGCAAACCAUAUUCUCGCUCUUGAUCAAUGCAGGCGCCGACAUCAAUUCCCGGGAUCCGUCCGGUCAGACGCCUCUCCACAACGCAGUGUCUUCUCCGGUGUUAAUACGACUGCUUCUUCGGGCCGGAGCUGAUGCCAAUGUAACCGAUAACUCAGGAAUCGCACCAAUCCACCUCGUCAAAUCGAUGGACUCCAUGGUGAUACUGAUCGAGGAAGGCCAUGCCGACAUUGACCUAGCCCAGAAGGAUGGGAAGACACCUCUCCUCAACAUGGUCUCUACCUACCAUGUUGAAAACACAUUGAAGUUCCUCGAGUACGGGCCUGACAUCAACGCUACUGACCGUGAAGGUGACGGGGUAUUACACGUUGCACUCAAGCAGUGGAAUACGGGCGCGGACGUGCUUAAGGCUCUGCUCAAAGCUGGUGCUAACCCCAACGCAAAGAACAAGGCCGGGCUCACGCCUCUCCUCUCCAAGCGCGGGGAUUUCAAACCUCAGUUGCUGGAUAUACUCAUCGAAGGAGGUGCUGAUGUCAACGCGACCGAUCGACAGGGGAGGACUGUACUUUUCAACGUCCUAGGUGAUUUUAUUAGUGGCUCUGACGGAAAGUACGAGCAUAUCACGCAGGUCGUUGAGAGGGGCUUUUCGAUACAUCACCGCGACUGGAAGGGCCGUACUCUUUUGCACGAGGCAGUUUUACUCCACGACGCAAAUCGCGUCAGGCCUAGUCAAAACUUACAGUUCGACUUUGUUCAUGGUUUAGGGCUUGAUGUGCAUGCUGUUGACCAUGAUGGAAACGGCCUGCUGCACGAGCUAGCGAUGCGUUCUGCCAACCAUGAAUCAUAUUCGGGGCCCCCCUUGGUAUCACUGUGGGAGCGUCUUCUCGAGUUGGGUCUGGAUUUGGAGCAGACGAAUCAUGAUGGUCUCACUCCCUUGCAUAUUCUCUGCUCUGCCAACACCUCCUCGUCACGAUUCGAGCAAGGCGUGAUCAUGCCGAUCGACUUUGUGAUUUCGGGAACCAAGGACCUGGAUAGGAUCGAUAACCUCGGCGCCACAGCCUUACAUCGGGCUGUGAUCCAUGGGGAGCUGUACUCGAAGAAGCUUCUCGACGCUGGGGCAGAUCCUGCCAAGGCCACGCACGAAGGGUUGACCCCAUUGCACAUUGCCUCUCGCUGCAGGCAAAGUAAUGUAGUCGGGCUACUAUUAGACGAGUUGAGGAAACGAACACCGUCGUCAGAUUCUGCUGUCCUUGGGGUGAAUGCUGCUGCCCCGUCUAAAAACAAUCUCAACCUGCCUCUCUACUACGCUUGCCUAUCCGGGAGGCCAGAGACCGUGUCGCUUCUCUUCGAUGCCGGAGCUGAUCCCAAAAAGGCCAUGGUUCUUUCUGCUUGCGCCUCUUUUGAGGACGAGGAUCAGUUGUGGAACACCGCUUGUCAGGAAGACGAUAUUUUCAAAGAUCAGCUUCCUCUUCGCUUGAAGGACACGAGGCGGAUCCCGACACGGGGAGAUCGAUACGGCAAUGCUAGUGGUCUGAAGGACGAUGAAACAACCAGAUUAGAAGAGAUCCUGGAAAUGUGUGCGAACAAUGGCCUUGGGGAGGAUGACUUCAAGGAACUCGAUCCACGUUUCCACAAAAGUGGUUACAUCGGCGAAGCCUUCAAUAAGGGGCAUGACUACACCGCAAUCUGCCUAACCGCCAUUCGGGCCAAGAACCCUGCUCCAACUGUCGAAAACGAUGAAAAAGCAGCACCCUCGGUUGGUACAGGGAGGGUAGAGGAAAUAUUACACAACUCAUCGAGGGAGGCUAGACUCCAGAGUCUAGGCGCCUCAGGCAUGCUUCAGCCUGAUAAGAUUAACCAACAUCACUUUUUGUCAUUCUUGAGACGGAAGGAGUGGAAGUUUAUUGAAAAAAUGGCGCAUGAGGGUGUUGACUUCCUCAACGCCUCGUUGGGCGUCAGCAACUUCGCCAGUCUCGUCAGCCAUGGUUAUACUUCACUUGCAGAGACGGUGGGUGAUAUUGUGGUGCAGAAAGGUUUCGAAAGCGGUGACUGGCAUGCUUUCGGGGACAACACCCGGCCAGGUCUCUGGUUUGCGAAGCGAGACAUCUCGGAUCCAAGUAAAGUGGCACAAAACCCUCUACCUCUGCUGAUUGGGGCAACCCAGCGAGAACUUCCAAACUUGCCUAUGGUAAAAUUACUGGUUGAGAAGUUUGGAGUCGACGUAAACGAGAUGCAAUAUAGCAGAGAGUACGCGAAUAGAGAGUAUAUAGUCGGCCGAUCCAAUUCUCCUAUUCACUCCGUAUCGAGAGGAGACCAUUGGUGGCAAGUCCAUCAAGCACUGCCCUACCUACUCAAGGCCGGAGCCGACAUCCAUCUCCGCAACCAUCUUGGACAAACACCUCUUCUUACGGCCCUCAAGGCUGGUGGAAACUGGCCUGGGCCAUUCAACAAGACUGCCGCAAGACUUUUGAUUGAAGCUGGAGCAGACGUUAACGCGAUUGACAAAGAGGGACGGAGCUGUCUAGCCUGCGCACGGCAUGACGUUGAUGUGGUGAAGCUCCUCAUCUCGCACGGGGCUGAUGUAACGGCAGACUCCGUCCUUGCAGCGAUCGACUCGAAGAGCGUCCCGAUGCUCCAGGCGCUCCUCUCUGGGGGUGCAAGCGCGAAUAUCCGUGCUGACAAGCCGUCCGAAGAGGCCCUGGCUGCUGAAAGGAAGAAGAGAAACAACAGGUAUCGCUGGGCCUACGGUUCAUCAAUCCAUCAACACGAAAGGUUUCCGCUCUUCCACGCUGGGAGUCUCUUGGACACAUUAAAACCUCCUGCUACAAGCAAAGAGCAUCGAGAAACAGAGACUUGUAUUCAACUUGUGCAAGUCCUUCUCGAACAUGGGGCUGACCCGUUUGAUAAAUUCCUGAUAGAAACUAGUUCGGGUCCAGAUACAACAACUGAAGAAGCUACAGUCUUACAUGAACUGUUAGCUGAUGGUAGUUUGCCGGAGAUUUACCUCCGCAUUCCUGACCUAGAUAUUGGCCAUAGGGAUGCCGACGGCCGCACCCUACUGCAUGCUGUCUGUAGUGGCGUCACUUACCCAGACUAUGUUAUGGGGUCAUAUCAACAGGACGGACAGGUCGGCGAGAAGACGACCGUAUUUCAACAUCUCUUGUCCCUGGGUGCAGAUAUAGAAGCCGUCGACAACUCUUCUCGGAACGUUUUGCAUUACAUGAUUGGCAAUCCAGACCGUCAUGGGUUCGUCGAGUUCGAUAGGUUCGAGGCAACUCUAGCCGAAGCUCUUGAAAAGGCCCCUCAACUUAUGAACCAACCAGACUCUUCUGGUGAAACGCCUCUGCACGCGGCCGUCCUUCGUGGGGGCGAUAGGGGAAGACCGGAUAUCGCCCAAACACUCCUAAAGGCUGGGGCCGAUCAUCUCACCGUCACCAAGAAGGGGAACAAUCUACUCCACUCGCUUGCGCCGCGUUUACGUACCGAGCAGAAUCGCGAUUUCUUCGAGGAUCUGGUGAAGCGAGGAGUUGAUAUAAACGCUCGCAAUAUCAAAGGAGAAACCCCCCUUUUCACCUUUUGUGUGAAGUCUAAGGCUGAGAAACGCGACACUUACUCUGAAAAGGAAAGGGCUAUGGAGAAACUGAAAGUCAUACCACUAUUGGAGCGGCUAGGUGCCGACCUUUUCGUCAAAGAUAACAGGGGACGGGGGCUAUUACAUGCGGCGGCAGGAGGAAGUGUUGACAUCUUCAAGCAACUGAUGGAACGAGGACUCGACGUCAUGUUGGAAGAUGAGGUGCAGCAAACGGCUAUUGAUGUUGCUGCUGCUUGUGGUAACAAGGACAUCCUCGAGCUCUUUGAGAAGAAAAUAUGA